CCCGCUCCGCUGGCCCGCGAACAAACAGCGAUGGCAUCGCAGAGGGUGAGCCAAGUGUCGCCGCGCUGGACACAAGCUAUGCCACUAAAAAUCCAUGAACCACUUUGGUUUUAAACUGCUACAUGGCAGGAAAUGAGAUGCUGAGCUUGGCAGAAAAGGACCCUGGAAAAUGUGAUUGUGCCUCUCUUUUGAUGGGGCUGUUAUAAAUAUUCAUAAUAUUGCAAUUUUGCAAAAGCGGUUGUUUUGGCAUGUGGUUUGGAAUAGAAAACUAACUUCCAGGCGCUUCUCUGCAUGGACAAAACCGGAGUCAGGUUACUGCUCUGCUGCAGAAUGUGCUUUUGUUACCGAAGAAAACACUACACUGGAAAGUUUUCCGAAGGUUCACAAUGUGGUUGGAGUAUUAAUUAAAGAGAAAUGCCUAGGUAAUUGAUGGUGGAUUUCAGUGAAUGAGCCAAAGGAAAUGAAACACGGGGUUUCACCAUCAAUGGCAAAAUAUUGCCAUGGCAAUGGGUGGCUUUGCCAGGAAUAAACAAACAACCAACAACAGUCCUCUUUCAGGAAAAAGGAGUUAGAGAAUUUUCUGUUCUCACCUCACCAUGUCUGUGCCAUUGGACAUCUUGGAGGGGAGAAGAUGGUGUAGCCUACUUAUGCAAGUCCUACAAAUCCAGCUUCCCUCUCACCGGUUGGAUUUUCCCCAUCUUACAGCACCUCGCAGGUCUCUUCUCUGAGCAGUACGUUGCCUGAGUGAGUGGAAACAUACAGAUCAGCUGCAGGUUUCUAUCUACAAAAACAGAGUGAAAGAGAAAGAAAAGGGUUGGGAAAGCAGAGACAAAUAUUGACCUGGACUUAGAGAAAGACAUCCAAUGGCUGAAUAAAGAACCCUGUUCAUGUUUUGGGAUAUUCUUUCAACUGGCUGGAACGAGAGCGGAUCAAAAGAAUGGGAAAUGCCAGCAGACCCUUUAGAAGAAUUGCUUAUUUCUUAUGCCUUUUAUCUGUGCUUUUGCUGACUGAAGGGAAGAAACCAGUGAAGCCAAAAUGUCCUGCCUGGUGUACUUGUACCAAAGAUAAUGCUUUAUGUGAAAAUGCCAGAUCUAUUCCUCGCAGCGUUCCGCCUGAUGUUAUCUCACUAUCCUUUGUGAGAUCUGCUUUUACUAAAAUCCCAGAAGGGAGUUUUUUGCUCACACCAUCUCUGCAGCUUCUGUUGUUUACCUCCAACACUUUUGAUGUUAUUAGUGAUGAUGCUUUCAUGGGCCUUCCUCAUCUAGAAUAUUUGUUCAUAGAGAACAACAACAUUAAGUCAAUUUCAAGAAAUACAUUCAGAGGACUAAAAUCUUUAAUUCACCUGAGUCUUGCAAAUAAUAAUCUCCAGUCACUUCCAAAAGACAUAUUUAAAGGCUUGGAUUCUUUAACAAAUGUAGAUCUUAGAGGCAAUGCAUUUAAUUGUGACUGCAAACUGAAGUGGUUAGUGGAGUGGCUGGGCAGCACCAAUGCAACAGUUGAAGACAUUUACUGUGAAAGCCCACCAGAAUAUAAGAAGCGCAAGAUCAAUAGUCUCUCUCCAAAAGAGUUUGAUUGCAUUAUUACAGAAUUUGAAGUUUAUCAGUCCCUGCCAUACCAAUCUCUGUCAGUAGAUACUUUCUCAUAUAUGAAUGAUGAACACGUGGUUAUUGCUCAGCCUUUUACUGGAAAAUGCAUCUUUCUUGAAUGGGACCAUGUGGAAGUGAUGUUCAGGAAUUACGACAACAUUACAGGUACUUCAACUGUUGUGUGUAAACCUAUAGUUAUUGAGAGUCAGCUGUAUGUCAUUGUCGCACAGCUGUUUGGAGGCUCCCACAUAUAUAAAAGAGAUAUUUUUGCUAAUAAGUUUAUAAAAAUUCAAGAUAUUGAAAUCCUUAAAAUCCGAAAACCCAAUGACAUUGAAACUUUCAGGAUUGCUGAAGACUGGUAUUUUGUUGUUGCAGACAGUUCAAAGGCUGGUUUCACCACGGUUUACAAGUGGAAUGGGAAUGGAUUUUAUUCCCAUCAGUCUCUGCAUGCCUGGUACAGAGAUACUGAUGUGGAGUAUCUUGAAAUAUCUGGCAAACCACAUUUAAUUCUGUCAAGUAGUUCGCAAAGACCUGUAAUAUAUCAAUGGAACAAAGGAACAAAUGAAUUUGUUAAGCGGUUUGAUAUUCAAGAUAUGGAAGAUGCAUAUGCAGUGAAGCAUUUCAAGGUGAAAGAGGAUGUAUACAUUUGCUUAACAAGAUUUAUUGGGGACUCUAAAGUAAUGAAAUGGGGUGGUUCAGCAUUUCUGGAUUUACAAAGGAUGCCAUCCCGAGGGUCAAUGGUAUUCCAACCACUUCAGAUAAAUAAUUAUCAAUAUGCCAUUCUUGGAAGUGAUUAUUCUUUCACUCAAGUCUAUUAUUGGGAUGCGGAAAAGGCAAAAUUUGUGAAGUUUCAAGAAUUAAACGUGCAGGCACCAAGAUCUUUCAUACAUGUCUCCAUCGAUAAACGAGAUUUUCUCUUUGCUUCAAGUUUUAAGGGAACUACAUUGAUUUAUAAACAUGUCAUAGUUGACUUAAGCGCAUGAGACUCAUAAUUCUGAGAUUACAUCAGACUUUCUACUGUAAGCGGACAAAAUGAACUAAAUGCAUGAUGACUCUCUUAUCUUACUUCCAAAUGAAUGCCUUUAAAAGUUGAGAUUGCUAGAACAAAGUAUUACUAGUAUCUUCAUCUUUAAUUGUCAAGUCUAGUGGUGUUGGAAGUUGCAUUUUUUAACAAAAAGAAAUUAAAUUAACUGUUCUUUGCAUCCACAAUAUGUAAAUACAUGUGCAACUGCAUCUGUUGCUAUAAAGAAUAUUAAGAUGUACUUUUCCAUUUAUUUAUUCACCUGUUUGAAACAACUGCCAAAUAAAAUGUUUACAUUUUGUGUCUUUCACAUUCCAAAUAUUAUUUGCAGGUGAUACUUUUUAUUUGUGUAUAUAUUAUACACACAUAAAAUAAAGCCAAGAAGGCAUAUUGCCCAAUGCAGUGUUGUACUGCAUAGAAGAUGCACAAAAGAUCAGGUGGGUUUUACUAAUAACAAGAAGUUCUUGAUAAAAAUACUGCAUUGAAACACAAGCCUAUAAAUUAUCACCUGGACAAUCCUGGCACUUAUGUAAAGCUUCACUCACUUAAACAGAUCUCUAACCAGAAAAAAGAAUUCAGUUAUCUAGAUGUGCUUGUAGGAUGAAGGGUUCAGUUAUACACAUCUAAUUGUAGGAUAGGCCUUUGUACUGUGUAUAGCUGUUUCUAAAAAUCUACAAAGAGCUUGGCAGAAAAAAAGACAAGGUAAAGGUCUCUGUUUCUUCACCUGAUGCUGAAGCAGCACAAAACAAAUCUCUUGUACAGCACUGGGGCUGUUACUGUGCUGAAAGCUAGAAGUAAAGCUUAUUUUUCAGCUAGCAUUAUUUCUAUAGCUGAACUGUCACACAUCACUUGCAUGAAUUCUGUGUCCUUGUCAAGUCUUUCCACUGUUAUUGCAAUUAUUUAGUCUACAAUGAAUUUAUUCCUUAUUCAGAAUGAAGCUAGUGAAUGGGAAGUUAUUUUUUUCCACUACCCUGCAAUGAAUCUUAGUACCAGGUACUUCUGAAAUUCAGGGAACUUUCAAUGUUUGUAUAGUGUAUGCAACUCCAGGGAAGCUAACUAUAUCUGUUAAAUUGUGCCAAAUCUAAAUGUGGCAUGAAAAUCUAUCACAAGCUCAAAGUUAAAAUAGUCUUUUGUUUGCAUUCAUCUAGUGCACCACUUGAGAGAAACCUACACUGAUGCUGAAGCUGAUUUGGUGCAGCUCAGGAGGAAAGCUCAAGUUUAUUUUAGACACCUUUGCAUUCACUUAAGUUGCCAAGCAUUGUGCUUCAGUGCCAUCUUUAAAAUAGAGACAUGAAUGCUGUGUUCAUUUCUAGACAUUUCUACCAUUCACAGAUGUUGACUGGUGAAUAAAACUAAUCAUACUGUGCAUGUCAGCUAAUCACGUGAGCUGAUUAAUGUAUAUUUAGGAAGCCAGACCUAAACAGUAUUCUUCUGUAAUAAAGAAUGGAGGUUUUUUUUUAAUAUUUAAUGUUAUUUAAAAAGAAAAAUUCUUACCUGAACAAUGCUGCUCUAAUAAGUUAA